CAGAUAAUUUUGAAAGUCGAACACCUUCCACAACAGCAGAAGACUCAGCUGAUGGAAGGAUGAUUCUGAUGAUUGCAGUGAAGAAAGUGAAGUCCUUACUUUUGCUUAUACUUAGCCUUGUAAGGAGAUGCUUCUGUUGUUUACGCAAGAGGAGGCACUCCGAUGCUCACCUUCCCAUUGCCGUCACGGGAGAUGGAGAAUUGAAUUCAUCUCCCAGCCAGCCUGAUGAAGGACUUGGCGGCUGGGACUCAUGGGAUGUACCAUCAUCUGUAGUCAGUGAUGGUGGAGGCAGAUCCUCACUAUCACCAGAGCAGUCCAUGUUGCAACAGCAGAUCAACCAGUACCGCCUAAGCCAGCAGAGAAAAAUGCAGGAAACAGAGACGCAGGAGGAGGAGGAACCUAAUUAUUUCCAGGACCUUGCUCCAAGUAUAGAAGCAAAGCCACAGGUCGUGAUUCUGGAGCGGCCUGAGGAGGAACAGCAAGUAUCCAAUAGAUUAUCCUUUACACUUUCUGACCCACUUCUGCAAUCAUCGGAGCUUGAGGACUGGGUUGAGGACAGUGAAGGCUGGGAAGGGGAAGCAGAUGAAGGCGAUCUGGAUGCUGUCCUGCGAGAGAAACGACAGUAUGAGAGGGAGAGGCGAAGACAAGAACAGCUGAGACGCAAAGCUGAAAGAGAUGCAGCUCGGACAAAUAAACUUGCCACCAGCAAGAUUGCUACAAAGAUCUCAUAGGGAGGGUUGUUUCACUGCCUCCAGAUUAUAUUUGUAGUUGUGAUGCACAUAUUUCAGAUUAUUAGGGCAGGCACUCACAAUAAUAAAUUAAACACACACAUACGCACACACAGACACACGCACCCGCAUACACUCACACUUGCACACGCAUACACUCACACUUGCACACGCAUACACUCACACUCACACACACACACACACACACACACACACACA